AUGGACUUCACGGAACUGGAGUCUGCCACCGGUUUACGGUUUAGCUGGAAUGUAUGGCCAUGUUCUAGUGAGGAGGCUGCUAAGGCUGAGGUGCCUAUUGGUUGUCUUUUCACGCCUCUGAAGCCUGAGAACCCCGAGAGUCAGACUAAAAUACCUCUUGUGGAAUAUGCACCAGUUCGAUGUCGUAGCAGUGGUGUCUUCUUGAACCCAUAUUGCCAUAUUGAUUUUCGAGCUAAAACAUGGACAUGUCCAAUCACGUUGCAGCGGAACCCGCUGCCACCGUCAUAUGCGGAGCAUAUAUCGCCGGAUAACCUACCUUCAGAAUUGGUGAACCUUACCAUGGAGUAUAUCAUUCCUACAUCUGUUUCUGGCGGCAUUUUCCCACCUACGUUCAUUUUCCUGGUCGAUACUUGUGUAAGUGAGGAGGAGCUGGAGCAGUUGAAGGAUUCACUUCAACAGAUUCUUAGUAUGCUCCCUCAGGAUGUUCAAGUUGGUCUCAUAAGUUUUGGAUCUGUAGUUAAACUUCAUGAUUUGAGGGAAUCUGAUAUCCCCAGGUGUUACGUUCUUAGGGGUACCCAUCAUCAUGAUGCUGAAUAUCUGAAAAGGGUGAUAAACUUGGAGCAACAGCAGCAGAGGUUUGUACAACCCCUAUCUCAAUGCGAGUUUACGCUAAACACUUUUAUUGAGCAACUAACUCCUGACGUAUGGCCUGUUGCGCAAAACUGUCGUCCUAACCGUUGCACAGGUUCAGCUCUUAGUGCCGCAGUUGCACUUAUGGAGGUCUUAUGUCCCAACAGGGGUGCUCGUGCUAUGUUAUUCACCGGUGGAGCUUGCACUUUCGGUCCCGGAAAGGUGGUAGACAGUUCACUUGCUGAAUCCAUCAGGCAUCAUUUGGACCUUCAAAAGGAACAUCACAACGCUCGUUUUGUAAAGGAUGCUCUAUCAUUUUACUCUACGAUUGCCAACCGUUGUGCUAGUAACUGCCAUGCUAUUGAUAUUUUUGCUUGUGCGCUUGACCAAUCUGGUCUUUAUGAGAUGAAGGUCUGCUGUGACAAGACUGGUGGUUACAUGGUUAUGAGCGAUUCAUUUUCUAUGAACGUGUUCAAAGAUUCACUGAAGAAUGUAUUUAGCCUUGAUUCCAAUGGCCAUUUGAAGCAUGGUUAUUGUGCGAAGGUUGAGGUCUUUUGCACUAAAGAGCUGCGUGUGAGCGGUGUAAUGGGUGGUUGCAGCAGUAACAACAAGAAGGGUCCUAAUGUUUCGGACAACGUUAUCGGUGAGGGUCGCACUACUGAGUGGAAGGUAGGUGCAUUGGACCCUAAAUCUACGCUUGCAUUUUAUUUCGAUGUUGUUGACGGUUCAAGUUCCGCGGCAUCUGUGAUAACAAAUGCUAUAACGUCGCUUGGUGGUAAUUCUGCCAGCCGUAAUAAGAACAAGCCGCCUGAGAAUGCUGGGAAGACCGCUUUUGUACAAUUCCAGACGGUUUACAUCCACUCAAGUGGUCAGAAGCGUCUGAGGGUGACAUCAUUCAGCUGCAAGUAUGCGCAACCUAACAUUGCUGACCUUGCUCGUGGUUUUGAUCAAGAGGCAGCUGCGGUACUUAUGGCUCGUUAUGCAUUUUACAAGGGCGAGACUGAGGAUCCGUUAUCGGUACUGCGUUGGUUAGACAAGAGUCUGAUUAACCUGAUAUCUAAAUUUGCGGAUUAUCAGAAGAACGACGCUCAUUCAUUUAGAUUGGCGAGCGAGUUUUCGAUUUACCCUCAGUUUAUGUACCAUUUGCGUAGGUCUCACUUUUUGCAGACGUUCAAUGCGAGCCCUGAUGAGACUGCUUUUUACCGUACGGUGUUCAUGCGUGAGAAUGUCAUCAACAGUCUUAUUAUGAUUCAGCCUGCCUUACUGGAGUAUUCAUUUGAGAACCCUACCCCUCAUCCCGUUUUGCUUGACGCAUGUUCAUUGAAGCAGAAUGUCAUAUUGAUGUUGGACUCUUUUUUCCAUGUCAUCAUUUGGUAUGGUGAGAUGAUCCAUCAGUGGCGUGAGCAGGGUUUCCAGGAUAAGCCUGACUAUGCUCAUUUCAAGGAGCUUUUACAGGCUCCUGCGAGUGACGCGAAUCACAUUUUAAGUGAGCGUUUCCCUACUCCUAAGUUUAUUCUGUGCAACCAAGGCGGUAGUCAAGCUCGGUUCCUGCUUGCUAAAGUGAACCCUUCUCAGACGCACAAGUCUGGUUUCAGUGACUAUUCAGAGGAUGCUCAGGUGGUGAACACUGACGACGUUUCUCUGAAGACGUUUAUGGAGCACUUAGUUAUGCUGGUAGUUCAGUCCUUGAUAUGGACAGAUAUUAAACACUUUGAUUAUACGUACCUAAAAAUGGCUGGUUGCACUACGGCUGGCCCAGACUUGCGUCGUUACAUGGAGAAGCGUUUAGAUGUGCAUCUUAACGGAUCUAGGCACGUGGUUGGAGUGUUACGUGGCUACGACACUUUUAUGAACAUCGUUUUGGACAACGCGUUACAAAUAGAAGGUGAGGAGCAGAUAAAAUUAGGAAUGGUGGUUAUCCGUGGGAACUCUAUAGUAUUCUGGGAAUGUCUGGACAAGGUCCACACGCGAUAG